AUGUCAAAAAGACCUCAAAUUCAUAUUUUUGUGGGAGCACCCAGUAUUCCAAGCCCACUGGAGGUGGUAGAGCAAAGUAGUUCAGCACCUGCUGCUGAAAAAUGGAGAGAACUCCGCUGUUCAUGUGAUAUACAUAGCCUUUUUUCUGAGAAAAUCAAAGGUGCUGACCAAGUAGUGUUUCAGGCAGAAAGCUCUAUAGUCACAGCAGUUCCUACAAAUGAUGGCAGCUCUCAGCAGUCUAAACAGGGGAGAUUAAUGGUAGCAAAAGAAUAUUUGACAUCUCUUGUACCUGUGGCAGUAACUUGUACCACCACACCUAAAAAGACUGAAAGUUUAAUUUAUUCUGAUUGUCAAAUAUCGAAAGAUCGAUGCACGCAUGCAAAUGUAAAUCAGGCUGCAGAUCAACACCUUCCUCAAAAAUGUGUGGCAUCAGCUGGACAGGAUAAACAAUCACAUGGCUGUUGUUCAGACCUCCCUGAAAGAAAAGCCAGUCAUUUAGAAGUUAACAGCUCUGACAUUUCUGAUUUGGUUGCCAGUACUAAGCAGAUUAGCAUACAUUUAAAGUCUGUGGGACAAGUUGUUCGAUCAGGUCAUAGAAGUGAUCACCAUGAACAUCUAAGUAAAUAUCUGGAUAUGUUUUUCCCCCAAAAUCAAGAGUCAAAACCGAAAGGAGAACCAGGUGAUUGUUCAGACCUUGCAGUGUCAACUGAUACUGAAUUUCGUAGUAUAAUGACUUCAAGUCAGAUGGCUGUUUUUGCACAGAAUCAGAACGAGAUGCAGAAAAGAAUCAUAAAACUAUCGGAAACAGAAGUGGGCAAAAAAAAGGAAGAAAGGCAAUAUGAUCACUUCCAACUUGAUUCUUAUGUUGGAACAUGUCUUAAUGUGGCUGAAAAUGAAUAUAAGGAAGAGUAUACAAGUUCCCUUGAACUUUUCAGUUCUGAGGGUGAUGGGAAAAAUGUUUGCUUUGAAGCUACAAAGCAAGAAGGAAAUGCUCAGGAAGACACAGAGAAUACUGUAAAUGAAAUCCAUAUUGAACCAUUGAGCUCAGGAAUAUUGUGCUCUCAAGUAGACAGUUCUCAGAAGAGCUCUUCUAAAAGAGCCCGCAAUUGUGAAGAUUCCUUUCAUAUUUUUCACUCAGCAUUUAAAAGACAGCUGAAAUCAAAGAGAGCUAAACUGAAUUUUUCUCCAGCUGGUCCUGGGAUGAGAGUGGAUCAAGAGAGGAUGGCAGAGUUCAAGAAACUUCAAAAGAAACUGUCGCCACUUAAGAACUGCUGCUGCAAAAAUGAAAAGUACAAUGUUUUAGUCACAAUAGUACAUCCUUGUCAUAUCAAAGAAAUACGGGUGAAGACUAGACCAAAAUCUUCAUGUAACGUUCCUGUAGCAACAAUUGUAGUUAUUGACCAGUCAGAAAUUGAGAGGAAGGUGGUGCUGUGGCGUGGUGCUGCAUUUUGGUCACUCACUGUGUUUCCUGGGGAUAUUGUACUGCUCACAGAUAUAAUAAUGUAUGAGAAUCUUUGGUGUGGAGAAAUCAUGCUGCAAUCUACAUUUACCAGUCAGUUACUGAAUCUGGGGAACUGCUCAGCUCUCAAUCCAGAAGAAUUUUAUCCUAUAGUGGAUGGUGGUGUUCUCCAUGGUUUAUUGGCAUACAUAUCAUCAGAAUUUCCACACUUUGGAGAGAUUCCACGAAGACAGGUUCAGAGACUGGAUAGUGUUCAGUAUAUGCCGCUAGACCAGCUCCAGCCAAAUACAUUGGUUCACUCAAUCUUGAAAAUUAUCAACAUUGCCGUAUUAACAGAAUCUGUGUAUAGCUACAGAGGUGGCAACCAAAGAAAAAUUAUUCUAACAGUAGAACAGAACAGAGAUCAACACUACAGGAUGGUGCUGUGGGGAGCAGGGGCUGCCUGGUGCCCUCAGCUUCAAAGGAAAAAAGAUCACAUAUGGGACUUCAAAUACCUUCUCGUCCAACAUAGUUCUGUCUCAGGUGACUUUGAACUGCACACAACUCCGUGGUCAUCUUAUGAGUGCUUGUUUGAUGAUGAUAAAAGGGCAAUUGAAUUUAAAGAAAAGUUUCAGAAAAGCAAAACAUCCCUCAUGCAGAUGACAAAGCUCUCGGCACAUUUGGAGGAAAAAUGCUCAGGAGUGGUUCGAGUGAAAGCCCGUAUCUUAGAAUUGAAGUUUACCAUUUCAACUGGUCAGUACAAGCAACUCAUCUUCUGUGCUGACACUUCACUGGAGUGUAUUUUGGCUUCUCUGCCUAUGAUUACGUAUUCAGGUUGUGCUAAAUGUGGUUUGGAACUACAGGCAGAUGAGAACAUGAUCUACAAGCAAUGUAUUAGAUGUUUGCCGUAUAACAAAGUAAAAACAUUCUACAGACCUGCUUUGAUGACAGUAGAAGAUGAAGGAUAUGAAAUUUAUGUUCAUGUGGUGUCUGAGUUGAUGGAAAAAAUCUUCCUCAAUAUUCCCGCAGACUGGCUGAACAGAUUAGUAGUGCCCUCUUCAGAUAUGACCUACAGCACAGUAGUAGCAGACUUGUGUCAUUUGCUGCUAGCAGAUACGGAAGCAUCCUAUUUGUUGGAAAUUAGGAGCCAUUUUGUGCUAGAUGAAAACAGCUAUCCUUUGCAAAAGGAUUUCCAUCUGCUAAAUUUUCAUCCUGAUCUUUGA